AUGUUGUGCUGGAGAGCACUUGUUCAGCACUUAGGCUGCUGGGUGUGCACCUUUUGAAUAUAAAAACUGAUGUGAAACAGAACCAGAGCAGGACGUCUGUUAAGAAGAAAACUUCUGCACAGCAAUGUAUGGCAAACCUGUUGUUGUUGCUUUGGUUCUUCAUCUGGUCUUAAUGGCAGGGUCAGAAGGUAAGACCCUGGCGAAGACAAAGGAAAAAGGCUUCCAGUGCCUGUGCAUAAGCACUCAUUCCAAGUUCAUCCCUCCCAAGGCUAUUCAGAAUGUGAGAUUAAGCCAAAGAGGACCUCGCUGCAAAAAUGUGGAAAUCAUAGCUACGCUGAAAGGUGGCAGACGAGUGUGUUUGGAACCCACUGCUCCCUGGGUCCGGCUCACUGUAAAGGCUAUUUUGGCCAGGGCCAGAGACAACACUGAGUCACCAAUCAAAGAAAAGUCAAGGAAAAAUAGACCUUGGAGUUUUUCAAGGAUAUGAAAUAAGAGGAAACACUUGCUGAUGAGAAUGUCAAGGAACAGACCCCCCUUCUGCUACAUUACUACAUUUGAUGGGGUUUUUUCCCCCCAAGAUAGUUGCUGCUUCUACUUAUUUUCUUUGCUGUGUCUAUCUCUAAAACUCUAUCUGUGAUGCAUCAAGGAAUUCAAGCUUAAUGAAUGUGUUUUAGUGCUGUAAGGACAAGAAUAAACAAGAGGAAAUUAGUUACCCUUAAAUGGUCUUACUUAACAUAGAAAUAGAAAGGAUACAAUUAGUAAACACUUGAAUAAACAUGUAAUAAGGAAGAGUCUGUGCAGCUUUGAAGGAAGU